AUGACCAAAUGCAAAAAUGAAUUGAAAAUUUUGAAAGAUUCCAUAAAAAAAAAAAUCGAUGUAUACAAAUACAAUGAAAAGAAUGAUAUUUAUAUAAAGUAUAAAAGUUUAAUACACCGAUGUGAUAAACAAAUAGAUAAAGAUCGAAUUCGUUUAGGAAGUUAUUUAUUUAAGAAAGAUGAAGCAUAUAUGAAUGAAAAAGAUAUAAACAAAUUAUUGAAUAAAAUUAUAAAAAAGAAAAUAACACAUGAAUAUAUUUGGAAUAGAAUAAAAAAUAUGAUUUUUAAAUUUAAUUUAGUUAAUAUAGAUAAUCAAAAUGAUACUUCUUUGUCCACCAAUUCUUCGAAAUCUCUUACAUACAUUAAGAACAAUAAAAAAAAUAUUCUUUUUUAUAACAAAUGUUAUGAUCAUAUUAAUGUAUAUUUAUUAUCUAUUGCUUUACAAGUUAUGAAUAAAAGAAAUAGCACCUUUUCUAAUUUUCUAUAUUCAUAUAUUAAUGCUUUUUUUGAAAAUAUGGAACCAAGACAUUUCCUAUAUAUAUUCUAUAUUUUAGUAAAAAAUACAUAUCGUGAUUUAAACCAAAUAUUAAAUAAUAACCAAACAAAUGAACACAACAAUAAUAAUAAUAAUAAUAAUAAUAAUAGUAAUAAUAAUAAUAGUAAUAAUAGUAGUAAUAAUAAUAGUAAUAAUUAUAAUAAUAUUCAUAUCAAAGAUUGUCAACUAUACAAUAUAAACCAUAUUCUUUUUGUCAAACAAAAUUAUGCACAUCAUAUUUAUUAUUCACAAAAAAAUUUUAUUGAACUUUUAAAUAAAUUCUGUAUUGAUAAAAUCAACUAUUUUUCUUUCAAUGAUAUUGGUUUAGUUUGUGCCGCACUCUCCUACUUCUCAUUGAAACAAAACCCUUUCGUAGAAUUCUGGAAUGAAUUCCUCCUCUACAUUUUUGACAUACAUAAAGUGAAUCAAAGAAAUAUAACAUAUGCUCAAAAAAGAAAACAUAAAAUAUAUCAACAUGGAAAAGAUAAACAAAGUGAAAUAUAUUCACAUGAAAAAGAUAAACAAAGUGAAAUAUAUCAACAUGAAAAAGAUAAACAAAGUGAAAUAUAUCACCAUGAAAAAGAUAAACAAAAUGAAAAAUAUUCAUAUGUACAAAAUAGCCAAAAUGAAAAAUAUUCAUAUGUACAAAAUAGCCAAAAUGAAAAAUAUUCAUAUGUACAAAAUAGCCAAAAAAAAAAUUCUUUUUUUUCGGAUAACCCUUCGGAAAAAAAACAUGAACAUUCAGAAUCAUUUAUUAAGAGAAAAAUGAAAGCCUCUAAAAAAAUAGACCAUUCCCUUAUUGACUAUGAUAAAUAUAUAGAAUUGAAUGGAAAAAACAUUUUGAGUAUCCUUAAAUAUAUUGUGAGUUAUUAUGAGAUAUAUCCUUGUAUAAAAAAAGUUGCAAAUAGAAUUAGCAUAAUUUUGGUGGAUCUUUCCAUGGAUUUAACUCUGCAUGAAUGUUCAGAAAUUAUAUAUUAUUUAAAUAGUUUGAACGAGUUAGAUCAAAUAUUUUUGAAAGAUAAAAUAAGUAUAUAUGAGUAUCAGUUAAAGGACACUUUUUUAACAACUUAUGAUAUAGGUUGUUUAUUAAAAAUAGCUCAAGUGUUGAAUGAACAAAAUUAUUAUGGUAACAUUCCAUUUUUGCAUAUAUUUUUAUAUAACAUACAUAAAUUUUCGUUAGAAAACGCUACUCUGUUGUUUCAUUUAAUUUGUAAAAAUUAUGAGAAUGAUUAUAUGAACUGCAAUUUAGUAGAAGAAAUGGAUGGUGCGAUAUAUAAAAAAAAAAAAAAAAAAGAAAUUUUUUUUAAAAAUGAUAAUGAUGACAAAUUUUUUGUGAAUAAUAAAAAUUUGUUAAAAGGAUUAUGUACUUUAUUAAUAUCAUAUGAAGAUAUAAUAAAAAAUAUGUCUUACAAGGAAAUGUUUUUUUUAUGUGAAAUUUUAAAUAAAGAGCAAUUGUUUGUGCACCCAUCUAUUUUGGGAUAUAUAUGUAAUCGUUUAUGUGACGAUAUAGAAACAUAUAAAUUUUCAUUAUUGAAUUUUUCUUCUUAUGUUGACUAUAUAAUGUUUAUAACAAUAUUUAUAUAUAAUAACAAAUAUAAUGAUGAUAAGUUGUUAAAUAAUAUAUAUUCAUUAUUUCUAUGCAACCAUACAGAUUAUAUGUUGACCAUUAAAAAUAUGACAAAAAAUAAAAUUUAUCAUUAUUGUUUUUAUUUAUUAUGUAUUAAAAAGGAUAUGACAAAAUGUGUAACCUACUUAAAUUUUAUAUUGAAGAGUGUGUCCUUAUUUGAACCUCUGAUGUUAUACUAUAUAAUUUUAAUAUAUUUUUAUAAGAGUGCAAAAAAUAAUUACAAGAAUUUAUGCAAUAUAAAACAUAUAAAUAAAAAAAAAAAAAAAAAAAAUUCUAUAAGCUUUUCAAAUAGUAAGGAUAUUAUAAAAAGUAAUAUAAAUAUGAACAAUCAAAAUAAUUUAUAUAAACCAUUUAUUAACCUAUUGAAUGAACAAGAAUUUGAUGAAGAAUUACUUAGGUUGUUUUUGCCUAUGUGGAAUGUAAUUUUAUCAAGGAGAGGAAGAAAAAUGUUAGAUUUUUUAAUUGUAUUGAAUAAAUUUUAUGAUAAUAUAAAUGUAAGACAUUAUUUAUUUCACGAAAGGGUUAUAAGAAAGGUGGAUAGAUAUAUUAAAUUGGUUCACAUGAAAAAUAAAAGAACAAAUAAAAAUAUAAAAUGCGAAGAAAAUAUUGAUUAUGAUAAAUAUUUUAGUUGUAUGAAAAAUUCUGGAUUCAUAAUUCUUUGUCAUGAUCCAAUUAUCAAGCAGCCAGUCCUUUUUGAUAUAAACAAAUUAGAACUUAUAAAAAUACAACGAAACAAUAUUUAUAAAAAUGAAAUGUCUACAAAUGAUUACAAUAAAGAAAAGAAAAUAGAGGAAAGUAUAAAUUACUUGAUAAAUGAUUAUAAGUAUAAGAAGGAUAUUAUAAUUAAAAGAGAUAGCACAAAAUAUUCGAAGCCGGCAAAAUAUUUUCAAAACUAUAAAAGGGGCACUUCAGUCCAGCAAUUUCUUUCCAUAUAUGAUGAUUGA